AUGAGGCGCGCGCUCCUGGUCGCGGCGGCGUCCUCCACGGCACUGGUCCGCGCCUUCGCGCCGCCGAUGCCGUCGCCUCGACCGCACGCACGUUGCGCGGCGUCGGCUCCGGGCGAGCCCGAGGCGGAGGGAGAGCGCGACGAGGCGGAGGGCGCGGCCGAGGCGGAGGAGGAGCUGCUCCCGGCGGCGCGGAUCCAGAGCAGCGGCCUCGAGACCAUCGACGACUUCCGGCUGACGCGGAGCCGGCUCACCUUCCGCCGGUCGCAGGAGGUCCAGCGGCGGAGGCCGCGGCACCUGCCGUACGACGAGGCCGCCAAGUGGGCAAGGGCGAUGAACCGCUGGGAGACCGCCGAGGAGUGGCGCGAGUGGCUCGAGUCCGGUGAGAAGCGCAACGCCUACAUCCCCAACGACCCGCCGAA